CAUUAUUUUUUGUUCAAACUCUAUCCAUAUACUAUUAAAAUUAUCUAUUAAAUAUCUAUAGCUCUUUGAUUGUGAACCUAAUCAUUAUUUAAUAUUUGCUGUAAGAGUUCAUAAAUAGGUUAUUCUGUCCCUAGCCUUGUUAUCUUAAUUUGCAUGGAAUGACUUAAUUGACUCCAAAGUUAUUGGUAUCCAAUUGAAACCUCACAUCAUAAUUUUGUUGGAGAAAGAAUGGAGAAGAGUACAGAUCUGAAACUCCUGGGCACAAAAGAAAGUAUAUUUACUCAAAGAAUAGUGUGGGCACUUAAGCUAAAAGGCAUUGAUUAUGAAUUUAUUGAGCAAGAUUUCUCCAGCAGGAGUAGUCCAUUGCUUGUGGAGCUUAAUCCAAUUUAUAAGAAGGUGCCGGUGCUGGUUCAUUGUGGAAAACCAAUAUCUGAAUCACUCGUUAUUCUUGAGUACAUUGAAGGGACAUGGCCCUUUAAUCCUCUAUUCCCCGUGGAUCCUUUUGAGAGAGCUUCUGCUCGUUUUUGGGCUAGGUUUAUUGAUGGCAAGUUCUAUGAAGCAGCAAAUAAGGCAUUUUUCUCCUCUGGAGAGACUAAAGCAGAGGGGGUUGAAUCGGUGGCAGAGGGAUUACAUAUUCUUGAAGGGCAAAUAAUUGGGAAAAAGUUCUUUAGUGGGGAGACAAUAGGGUACCUUGACAUAGUAGUUGGUUGGAUUGCUUACUGGUUGCAAUAUAUAGAGGAAGUUGGUGAAUUCAAAGCAAUGGAUUCAAGAAAAUACCCUCAUCUUCAUGCAUGGAUCAAUAAUUUCAUUCAAGUUCCGAUUAUUCAAGAAAGCCUUCCUAAAUCUGAUGCUGUCAAGGCUGCUUACAAGGGGUUCAAAGAUGCUGCAGCUUUGGCUGGUGCAAAUUGAAAAUAUUUGGGGCGUUUGAUACGGAAGUUAUUAUUUUUCUUAACCAUUGUUUAAAUACGAAAGUAUCUAGUAAGUACAUCUUUUUUAGUACUACUAAGUGUUUAAUAAGAAUAAGCCUGGAUUCUAGUGUCAAAGUGAUAGAUGCAGACAAAUUUUGGGAGCCGCUUA